AAACGACUUAGUUUAUGAUAAUUAUCUCUCUCCACUCCAAUCAAAACAAACGCUCUUUUAGCGAUGUUUUCUUAAGUUUUUUAUUUUGAAUAACUUAGAAAAAAAAUGAAUUAACAUUUACUAAUUAAGUGAGGGGUUUUACAAAAAGUGUGACGUUAAAAUGGAGAAAAUAAACUGUAGUUUACUUUUGAUAUCACUCUUCGCUUUGUUGUGGGGUGUGGCCGGCCAAUAUGAAUGGCAGAUUCGAGACACAUUUGAUGAAAUUCGUGGAAAAAUGGAUAAGAUUACUGCCGACAAUUGUUACAUAAGUCAUUUAGAUGACUUAUAUUUACCAGAAGACUCGGUUUCCCACCAUCCUGAUGUGAAAGAGAUCAAUAUCAACCCUGUUUUCCCUAACCGCACAGCAAUGCUUCACUUGCAUAAUAUGGCUAUGAAUCGAGCAUUUUUCUGGAGUUACAUUCUCCAAUCGCGGUUUAUCCGACCAGCUAUAAACGACACUUAUGAUCCUGGUAUGAUGUAUUAUUUCUUGUCAGCUGUAGCAGACAUUGCGGCUAACCCCUACAUCAAUGCUAGUUCUAUAUAUUUUUCACCAAACAUGUCUUAUACAUCUUCGUAUAGAGGCUUCUUCAACAAGACGAUGUCAAGAUUUGCACCUAGAGCUUACAGAGCAGAUGAUUUCAAUGACCCGGUUCAUCUGCAAAAGAUAUCCACACUAAAUACAUUCCAUAUUGAUGACCUUGGUGCUUUCGGACCUGAUAGUCAGUCUAAAGACUAUACAUCAGAUUUCUACAGAAUUAAUGAGUGGUAUCACAAGUGGUUGCCUGACAAAGUGCAAAAAAGGCAUGACACAAAGACAACCUACCAAGUUGAGAUCAGAUAUGCAAAUAAUACAAAUGAGACAUUUACUUUCCAUGGGCCACCGGGCAAUGAUGAGGUUCCCGGGCCUGUGAAUUGGACACGUCCCUACUUCGACUGUGGAAGACUGAACAAGUGGCUGGUUGGAGCCACAAGCCCUGUUGCUGAUAUUUACCCGCGGCACACACAGUUUAGACAUAUAGAAUAUCCUACAUAUACAGCAGCCAUAGUGAUGGAAAUGGAUUUUGAUCGAAUAGAUAUAAACCAAUGUCCUCCGAGUCAAGGGAAUGAUCGGCCGAAUAGAUUUGCUUCUACAGCUCGGUGUAAAAUUGAAACUACUGAGUGUGAGCCAAUCCACGGCUGGGGCUUCAGACGCGGCGGCUACCAGUGCCGCUGCGCGGCCGGACAUCGGCUGCCCGGCGUCGUGCGGCGCCCGUAUCUCGGCGAGAUCAUCGAGCGCGCCACCGCCGACCAGUAUUAUAACAACUUUGACUGUGUGCCCAUUGGCUGGAUACAACGUCUGCCAGUGAAGUGGGAGAAAUCUCCCCCGUUCAUCCGAGCUCUGUACAUGGAUCAGUAUCAAGAGUAUGUGAACUCCACAUCGGGCCCUGCCUCGCUGCACACUGAGAAAGUCAAUGUGUACGAGAUGCUCAACUUCAUCAGGGGAGUGCAGCCGCACAACUGUUCUAAAUACAACGCAACAGAUUUGUUCCUGAAUGGUGACAUCGCGUACGGACACGAAGAGCAGUUUGAGAACCAGGCCAAGAUGGCGCUCCGGCUGGCGAACUUCAUCAGCGCAUUCUUGCAGGUAUCAGAUCCAACGGAAGUGUUCAGCGGCAAGCGCAUAGCAGACAAACCCUUGACUGAAGAUCAAAUGAUUGGGGAAACUCUUGCGCUUGUUCUUGGAGACUCCAAGAUCUGGUCCGCAGGCACGUAUUGGGACCGCAAUUCCUUUACAAACAGAACAUUCUUCGCGCCAAUGGCUUACAAGACGUCACUCAACACACGGAAAUAUAAACUGGAGGAUUUGGCUCGCCUGAACAAAACUGAUGAACUAUAUACAAAUAAACAGUGGUUUCAACAUCUAAAACAGCGCUGGUCGACGAACUUUGACAGUUUGGAGAAAUUCUUCCUCAAAAUGAAGAUACGGGAAGACGAAUUUGGGAAAUAUUUGAUGAAGUACGAAAGAUACCCGACCUCAUAUAGGGCGGCUAAUUUGAGACACGGGUACUGGACGCAGCCGUAUUACGACUGCGAGGGACAUCUGAAACAGUGGGUUAUUACAUAUGCUGCACCGUUCUUCGGAUGGGAUAGUGUUAAAGUCAAAUUGGAAUUCAAGGGAGUGGUGGCAGUGACGAUGGCCCUGAUGUCGCUAGACAUCAACCAGUGUCCGGAUAAGUUCUACGUGCCUAACGCCUUCAAGGGGACCGACAAGUGUGACAGACAGUCUUCCUAUUGCGUCCCAAUUCUCGGACGCGGCUUCGACGCCGGCGGCUACAAAUGCGAGUGUCUCCAGGGGUUCGAGUACCCCUUCGAGGACCCGAUCACGUACUACGACGGCCAGAUCGUCGAGGCGGAGUUCCAGAACAUCAUCGAGGACAAAGAGACACGCAUUGACAUGUUCAAGUGCAGAUUGGCCGGCGCGGCCGCCCUGCAGAGCUGCUUUGCGAUUCUCUUGGUCGUGCUCUUCGUUUUCAUGAAGAUCAGGUAAUUCUUUUUUAAAUUUGUAAUUAUAAACUUAUUUUUUUUUCUCUCUCUAAUCAGAGAAUAAAGUCAAUUAAGUGAAUUUACGGAUCAGUCUGGAAAAAAAAUAAUGAAAAUAAAACUAAGUACCAAAACAUAUGAACGUAAAUUUAAGGAUUAACAACUUUAAUUAUAAAUUGCAAAGUUAAUGUUAUUAUGGGAAAUACAGAAAGACAAUAUGGUAGGUGUAUUUCUCAUCAUUACGGAUUAAAGCCGGAACACGUAUCAUUUGCAUGCAAGUAUAGCGUUUUCCUGGCAUGUAUGUUGCGCGUAUUGAAGGUAAUUUUUUAUUUUGUAAUUCUAAUAAGAAAUGUGAGAAAACAAAAGACGAACGUAAAUUUAAGGAUUACUUUGAAUAAUAAAAAAAUAGCUAAAACAAAUGUUUUAGCUAAUUUUGGAAAUAAAAAUGCAUAUAAAUUAAAUUGGGGAGGUGUUUCUUAUAAUUAGUUCUUACGAAAUAAAUCUGGAACAUUUAUGUACCAUACACAAAUAGCCGUUUGGUAUGUGUGCGUAAUUGCGUAUCUCCCGCCACAAUUUUGAAAAAUAUGGAAAUGGGAAACUGAAGGUACGAUGUAUGUAAUGUGAUCUUUAUACUGUUUACCAUCUUUUUCAUUUUCUUCAUGAGUAUGUAAUUUUAUUAUUCCAGAUUACCUAAUUUAAAUAGAAAUGACACUUAUUAGUAAAUAAUGUAUUAUUGCAUUUACUUAAAGAUAUUUCCUAAGCAAUAUUUUAUUUUUAUAAUGUUUAAAUAGUAAUAACGGUUUCCGUCCUUUAAUUAGACUGAUUAAGGUCAGUGCCCACAGACUACGUAACGCGUGUGCGUGGAUUUGUAUGUACGGAAUUGUACCGCAUGCGUCUACGCAGCUAGCCACAAUUACAAACGUAAAAAGCGCACGCGCUACGUAGCCAGUGUAAACCAGCCUUAAACCUAAUUCGCGCCAUUUUUUUAACGUAAUAAAUCCAAGUAAACACACUUUGACUGCUGAACACAUGCGUGGAUUCUCAGGAGUUUUUAUGUGUAGCGAAUUGUCAAGGUGUUAAAAUUAUUAUUUUUUACCAUUGUAGUUUUAUGAUAAGAUACUAUUUCCAAUUGAAUGUAGGUAGCUACUUAAUUAUCUCAUUUUAAUCACAAUUGCCAAUAUGUAUUUUCGUUUUUGUAUUCUAUAUACAAUUCUAUUCAAUUGUCAAUGCGUGGUGUAAAUUCGAAAAAAAGAAUAUAUUUUUUUAUUAUUUUUAUCCUGUGAGUAAAAACUUACGUUUAGCUGUUUAUAUAUAAAAUGAUGAUGGAUAUAUUAGAUUGGACACACUUUAAAUAUAGGUAUAAUACUAAAAUAUAAUCAGUUUUUUUAUCUAUAGUCGUUAAAGGCGAAUCUUUAAGCCCUUGAAUAUUCCUUAUAUAUUGUUAUGUAUUCGCAUAUUUUGUUUUCUCGACAAUUUUUUUACAAGCAUAAUUUCAAUAUUCGUAUUUUCAUUUAACGUUAAAACUUUACAUAAUUCCUGUCGUGUGUACAAUUUUGAAGUAGUUUCUGUUUACCAAUACCACACAAAUUAAUAGUAAUAAGUGUCGACAGAAAUAUAAAAUAAGAUCUUAUUAUAAAAAUCUUAAGAUCUUCAUUUAAAAAAUAAAUACAAUGAAUGAACGAAAUACACAUUAUUCUCUAUCUUGUUUUUCAUAAAAUAGAUAGCAAAACAAAUAUAUAGCCCUUCUCCCAUUGCAGCGCCCGACAGGGUCCUUAAUUGUUCCUUUAUUUUGUAAAUUAUGACCUGUAUACUGUACAUUAAGGAUGCAAUAAAUAAUUUGAAUUGAAUUGAAUAUAGAAUCUCUCUUUUAAUUUUACUGUAUUAAUCAAGAUGUGUAUUUUUAAAUAUAUUUUUAUACGUUUAAUAUGACUGCAUUUUACAAAAUGUUUUAGCAUAAGAUGUAGGAGACAACUGAAAAAAAAAAAACUAGAAGGAUAUAAUCUCAUAAUUUCAUUAUGUUAUAUAAAAUUAUAUUUUAAGAAAUGUUCAUUUUUCUAAGCGGUUGAAAUACAUUGUUUUAGAAUCUCAACAAGUGUACGUUGACGAAUAAUCUCUAAUUUUGUCAUUAAAACAAGGCAAUUGUAUGCAAUGUAUUUGUAUUUUCUGUUUAAUUUUUAUUUUAUACAAAUACCAUUUUUAAAUCUAUUUUUAUGAAUUUUGAUGCAUUUUGUUUUAGUAUAAAUGAUGGAACAUAGAUCAGAAUUUUAUAUAUAUAAGUUUUAUACUUUUAAAGCCCAUUGUUUUUCUGUUUCUAUAUAUAUAUUUCUGGGCAGUUUAUCAGUAUUCUUAUUUGUAUUCUCAUCUAUGUCACAAGUGUACCAUUUCGUGCAAUUAUUUUGUGUAAUAAAAUUGAACAUGAUAUGUUUUAAAAUUAAAUCAUGUACAUAUAUUUAUAAAGUCAUUGCACAAAAAUACACGAACAAAAUGUAUCCAUCUGGUGUACAUUAGUCUGAUACCGUCCACAUUAGUGCCUUUUCAUAUUGCAUUUUUUAAAUAAAGCGAGUAUUGAAUAUA